AUGUACAACUCGUCGCAGAGGUGGGCGGACAUCUUGCAUACUACAUCAGCAGAAAACGAUGUCACAUUCCAACCUAUCGUGGUAUACCGUGUAACAGCCCUGAAAACUUUCCUUAUGUUUAAUUCAUUCGCAAUGAACAUAAUAACAGAUCUCCCUCUGAGUAUCCUCCCCGAGAUUAUCCAUUUCUCCGUAUGUAUGACUGCGUUGCCUUAUUCGUCGACUAUUCGCGACGAACAGGAAACGGAGAGCAGGAGCCACGGAGAGCAGGAGCUGGAGCUGGAGCUGGAGCUGGAGCUGGAGCUGGAGCUGGAGCUGGAGCUGGAGCUGGAGCUGGAUUAA